AAAAAGGGUUUAUACCCUUCGCGUCGUUUCAAAUUCAAAACCUCUGUGUCUCUCCCAUGGCGGAUGAAGUAGAAUGGCAGUCCUCGAUGGCUUCACUGCAAUCUCAGGAAGCUUUUUCUGAGCCUUACAUGGUCGGCUUCGUCAUCGCGAACAUAGUAGGGUUACAGUACUACUCCGGUCGAAUCAACGGCAGAGAAAUGGUCGGUCUUGUUCGAGAACCCUUGAACCCGUACGACGAGAACGCCAUCAAAGUAGUCAACACGCGAGCUGUACAGGUCGGUCACAUCGAGCGGGCCGCGGCCGCCGUUCUGUCGCCGUUGAUAGAUACUCGUACGAUCGUCGUCGAAGGUAUCGUACCCAACUCUCGUUCUGGUAGCAAUAGAUUCAAAAUUCCCUGUCAAAUCCACGUCUUCGCGAGUUUAGAAGCGUUUUCACAAGUGAAAUCGGCGAUUUUGCGAGGUGGGUUGGUUUUGAUUCCGGAUUCUGAUACAUCUUUCGGGCUAUCGGAGGCUGUUGUGGUUAAGGAACAGAUGGGUGAACGACAGAACAAGAGCGUAGAUCAGAUAUUCAAACUGGUUGAUAAAAAUGUGAGGAAAAAGGAGAAGAUGGAGGCUGUUGAUCCGCCAAGGGAAGUGAUAAAAUCCAAACUUUUCGUUCAUCAGAAGGAGGGUUUGGGUUGGUUGCUUCGCAGGGAGAAUUCUGAGGAGUUACCUCCGUUUUGGGAAGGGAAAGAUGGGGAAUUCAUAAACGUUUUGACAAAUUACCGCACGGAUAAGCAGCCUGAGCCUCUACGUGGAGGAGUAUUUGCUGAUGAUAUGGGUUUGGGUAAGACCCUCACUCUGCUUUCCCUGAUAGCUUUUGAUAAACAUGGAAAUCCAUCCAGCAGUAUGCCAGAUGAAGAACCCCUGGACCCGGGAGUCGACAACACCGGGAAGAAGGGUAAGAAAAGGGGUAGAGGAAAGAGCAACGCAAGCGGAACACGUAAAAAACAUAAACCUGAUGGCUUUGGUGUGGGUGUGGCUGAAAAGACAACGUUGGUCGUUUGUCCACCUUCUGUAUUUUCGGCAUGGGUGACACAGCUAGAGGAGCAUACAGUACCAGGGUCCUUGAAGGUGUAUAUGUACCAUGGUGGUGAAAGGACAAACGAUGUAAAUGAACUUAAGAAGUACGAUAUAGUGCUGACUACCUACAGCACUUUGGCCGUUGAGGAAGCCCGUGAAGAUUCCCCCGCCAAGAAAAUGGAGUGGCGACGGAUAAUUCUUGAUGAGGCACACAUUAUUAAGAAUGCAAAUGCUCAACAGAGCCGAGCAGUCAGUAAUCUGAAGGCUCGUUGCAGGUGGGCUGUCACAGGGACCCCUAUUCAGAAUGGAUCCUUCGAUUUGUUCUCUUUGAUGGCAUUUCUCCGGUUUGAGCCAUUCUCAAUCAAGAGUUAUUGGCGAAGCUUGAUACAACGCCCACUUUCUCAAGGGAAUAAGAAGGGGCUCUCUCGUCUACAGGUUUUAAUGGCGACAAUUUCUUUGCGGAGAACAAAAAACAAGGAGUUAAUCGGUUUGCCACCUAAAACUGUUGAAACUCGGUAUGUGGAACUUUCUCCGGAAGAACGUCAGAUAUAUGAUCACAUGGAAGGAGAAGCUAAAGAUGUUGUGCAGAACCUCGUAAAUACCGGCAGCUUGAUGCGCAAUUACUCAACUGUGCUGAGUAUUAUUUUACGGCUUAGACAGCUUUGUGAUGAUGUAGCUCUGUGCCCUCCUGAACUGAGAUCUUUUUCCACUUCCUCAGCCAUUGAAGAUGUAUCUGAUAAGCCAGAGCUACUGCAAAAGCUUGUGGCCGUACUGCAAGAUGGGGAAGAUUUUGAUUGUCCAAUCUGCAUCUCCCCGCCAACCGAUUUUAUCAUCACUCGCUGUGCUCACAUCUUCUGCAGAGUCUGCAUUCUCAAAACCCUUCAGAGGACUAACCCGUGCUGCCCUCUUUGUCGUGGCCCUCUAACUCAGUCUGAUCUCUACAGUGCUCCUCAAGAGGCUUCCAAUACUGAUGGAGACACCAAAACAGCUUCACCCAAAUCUUCCAAGGCCUUGGCUUUACUGUCACUUCUCCUUGAAUCCAGACAGGAAGACCCCAACACAAAGUCUGUUGUGUUCUCUCAGUUCAGGAAGUUGCUGCUGCUUCUAGAAGAGCCGCUUAAAGCUGCGGGUUUCACCAUUUUACGGUUGGAUGGGUCGAUGACCGCGAGGAAACGGACCCAAGUGAUAGGAGAAUUCGGGAAUCCGGAUUUGAAAGGUCCCGUGGUGUUACUCGCGAGCCUCAAGGCUUGUGGAACUGGUAUUAACCUAACAGCAGCCUCGAGGGUUUACCUGUUUGAGCCAUGGUGGAACCCAGCAGUUGAAGAACAGGCCAUGGACAGGGUUCAUAGGAUCGGACAGGCUCAGGAAGUUAAGGUUGUCAGGCUGAUAACCCGGGACAGCAUUGAAGAGAGGGUUCUAGAGCUUCAGCAGAAGAAGAAGAAGCUGGCGAGUGAAGCUUUUAGGAGGAGACCCGGGAAAGACCAGAGGGAGGUUAAUGUAGAAGACGUCCUUGCUCUCAUGUCAAUCUGAAUAAUCACCUUCACAUAUUCCAUACUCUUUUGCUUCUGAAACUCAAACCCUAGCCGACAUUUUGUAGGUUUGGUUUUGGUUUUGGUUGCUUCUUUCACAAGUAACUGGUUAGCGGUUAGGUCAUGGGAAACGACCCUAUUUUGAGCACUUGGGUUGAGUCCGUUUUCUUUAUUGUAAAUGUAGUUUCUCAGAUAAUCUUGAAUGAAAUUAAUGGGUCACAGUUAUGAUA